CCUAGUUCCAAGUUUACCAGGUAAGCUUAAACCGCCACAUCAGACCACGGCCAACAUAUAUUACGUACUCUGUACGACCCCUUGCAUCGUUGCUACUACGUGGCCCUGUCUAUCAAACUGUUGUGAAAAUUCAUUCAGCCGACUCUUUGCAAGGAAUUGUUUGCCAUGUUUCAUAAUUAGGCUUAUCCAGGCCGUUAUGUCAAAGCUGCUGAAUCCGUGCGACAUACUCGGGUCGGUGUCGUGGAAUGAUGUCUCGGGUUGUCGCGGGCAGCUGGAUCAGCUCAUUCAUCCUAUGGCCAGACUGCAGAGCGGACAAUCGCCCCCGAAUGAAUAUUUAAGAUGCUGGAUUGGCUCUCACCCUAUUGAUGAUCAUGGACACAAAUUCAACUUGACCAAAACUUCACAUCUACUCUAAAAAUAACAGUCAAAUCAACCGCCCUCACAAUGUUUCUCAAAUCUAUUCUUCUCGCCGUAACCGUCUCCCUCGCCUCAGCACAAAUCCCCCGCCCAGAACAUAGCCAGGUUGGCCGCGCCUGUGGCUUCAAAAUCGCCCCCUGUCCCUUCGACAUGAAGUGCGUCCCCAACAAUCCCUACUGCUCUGAACUCAACCGGUGCCCCGGCCAUUGCGAGUUCAAGAACCAAUAUCAGUCCUGCGGGGGCUUCACGCCGCGACCACACAACUGCGGUGACAAUUCAGAGUGCCAGGACGAUCCUCGACUGCCGCCAAACUGCGGUCUGGCGUGUGAUGUUCCGGGAAUAUGCAUCCCGAAGGAAACUCAUUUCUGCGGAGGGUUUAUCGGGCUCAGCUGCCCUGAGGGACUAUUUUGCUAUGAUGCGUUAGAUGGAUGCGAUCCCCUUCAUGGCGGAGCCGACUGCGGUGGUAUAUGUUUGUAAGGAGAAAGUUGCCAGUUUACUUGCUAAUUACGAAAUUCUUAAUAUAAUCCCGUAUGUCAUUCGUCU